AUGCUCCAAUUGCGACUGCCGCCACCCAUAGGGAUUACCCUCAUAGCCUUGCUGGGCAUCAUCCUGCACCUUCCUGUCUCUUCAGCUAAACCAAACUGCCCUAUCCAUGGAUCACUCCUUCCUCGACCAACUAAUCUCCUCCAACAGCCUGCCAUUUACGGUGUGGGUAGCAUUCUGGACGGACUUUUCUUUCAAUACAUCGAUAACGAUACCACCACCGGUUCGGAAAAGUUCUCUUACUCGGUCGAGGUCUUUGCGGGGAGUGAGGACGGGCCACUUUGGGCGCACCAUUGGACAGCUCCAUCUCUGAAAGGGUCCAAUUCGACCGGAGUUUCUCAGGUGAACACAAAUACCGUCUAUCGAGUCGGCAGUAUCACGAAGAUCUUCACGGUCCUUACCUUCCUAGCAACGGUUGGCGACGGCAUCUGGAACGACCCGGUUACCAAGUAUCUUCCCGAGAUCGAGGAAAUUGCAAGAAACGAAUCUGGAGGCCCUAUAUUCGCUCCUGACUGGGAUGCCAUUACGGUUGGGUCGUUGGCCAGCCAGACGUCCGGCUUGAUACGAGACUAUGCCAUGCUGGGCGAGCUCAGUUAUCAGAUCAACAUGACCAUCUUACAUGAACUCGGUUUCCCGCCCCUUAACAUGUCCGACUUUCCCCCUUGCGGAACGCAGCCUACGUGUAACCGAACACAGCUUUUUGCGGGACUGGCCAAACUUCCACCAUCGUUCCCACCUUUUACGACGCCUGCAUACUCGGAUAUUGGGUUUGUGCUCCUAUCGUAUGUGGCAGAGCGCAUCACCGGCAAGGACUUCAGGACCUUGGUGACAGAUGCGGUUUUGACGCCCCUGAAUCUGAGCCACACGUUCCUCUCAGUACCCGAAGACUCAUUGGGAAUUAUACCUGGCAACACUCGGGCCACAUCCUGGGGAUUUGAGAUGGCGGAGGAAGCAGCGACCGGCAAUAUCUACACCUCGGCAGGGGAUCUGUCUUCGCUUGGCCGAGCCAUCUUGCGGUCGACCUUGCUCAAGCCCGCCAUGACACGGCGCUGGCUAAAGCCGGUAUCGUUCAGCUCAGACCCAAAGGCGGCGGUUGGGAUGCCCUGGGGGCUUAGGCGGAUCGACAUAGGGAAAAACCUUGAAAUGGCAAAAGACCAGUCCUACCAAUUCGUCCACACGUUCAACAAAGCCGGCAGCAUCGGCGCCUACAGCUCGCUCUUCGCCAUCAUCCCCGAGCUCGACAUUGGCUACACUGUUCUCGCAGCCGGCGACGCACCGCCGAGCCUCACGAUGGACAUUGCCGACGCCCUGACAGACACUUUCGUGCCCACGCUCAUGUCACUUGCCCGUUCCCAAGCCUACGCCACGUUUGGCGGGCACUACCGCCACGCCAGCCUGCUCAACGCUACCGCCUCCCCUCCAUAUGGCAAUACUUCUACUUCUCCUGCCUCUCCUCCCUACGCCAACGGGACAGCUAGCCACUACCCACAACCCCUCAACUCCUCUUUGACCAUAACGGUCGACCCGACAGGCGAGAAACCAGGCCUGGGCGUGGAGGGCUGGAUCUCCAACGGCACCGACAUGGCGCGCAUCGCGGUUGCGCUCAACUCCAACGUCAGGCAGGAGUACCUGGACGAGAUGCAGCCCAGCGUGCGGCUGUAUCCGACAGGGCUGGAGGAGGAACGGGCCGAUGGGGGUGGGAAGAGGGUGGCGUUCAAGGCCGUGUUUGAGGACCUUGGCCUGCCAGAGCGCAGUUCCAGCUACGUGACUGACUGUUCCACUUGGGUUGGGCUGACAGGCGUUGUGUAUGGGUCGAGGCCGUUGGAUCAGUUUGUUUUUGAGUUGAGCGAGGAUGGGACGGCGGUGGCGGUUGAGAAUGGGGCGUUGAGGGUGAGGUUGGUUAAAGUUCCUGGUUGA